GUCGGGGGACCCAGAAGCCCAGAUCAAAAUAAAUCUUUGCGUUGUUUUCCCGCAAGGCUAGAUUUUUCGCACUUUGCGCCUACCUGCUUCCCUUGUUGACAGCGCCAAAGCCAUCGCUUUGUGUUGCAGCCAUUAUUGUGGAUCCUCUUCCCUUCCAAAGCUGUGGUCUUCAUCUCCUUGCUUAGUCUUCCAGUGUCCUUGCCUACCAUAAGUUGCCAUCGGUCACCAUCGAUUGCUGCAUUGUGUGUUGGAAUUUGGAAGAGAGAGAGAGAGAGCUGAUCGUAGUCGAAACGUGCAGAACGCGCUGGACAAGGCGUUGAACGUCUCACCGCAAAGCAGCAGCGAGACAAGAGACAAAUUGAUUUCGCCGUUGUGAUCACAACGUGGCCUAGAGAAAUCGCAGCAACCAAAGCUUCCGUCCUGGCUGUUUGUUACACACCUACACACACAAGAGCGUCAGUAACAUUAGAAUCCUUCCAGCUUCCUAGGAAUUUGUUACGUGAAUUAAUCAACAAGCCAUUCGCAAGAAAAUAGCAACAAUUAACUGAAAAGGUCGAAAUGUUUGGAGCCCCAGCCAACAAUUCUCCUUUCGGGUCACCUCCACCCACUGGUGGAUUUGGUAGUCCAAGCCCUGCCCCUUUUGGGGCCCCAGCACCCGCGUUUGGAGCUCCUGCCUUUGGUACUCCUGCCCCAGCGCCCGCCUUUGGAGCGCCCUCGACUGGAUUUGGGGCUCCAGCACCAGCUCCUGGUGGCUUUGGAGCUAGUACUUUUGGUGGUGGUGCUACCAGUACGUUUGGUGGGGGUGGAUUCGGCGCUCCUGCCCCAGCCCCCGCAUUUGGUGGAGGAGGAUUUGGCGCCACCAACAAUGCAUCUCCCUUUGGCGCACCAGCCCCUGCCCCGGGUGGUUUGUUUGGAGCACCAGCCCCUGCCCCAUCAGGAGGUUUGUUUGGGGCCCCAGCUCCUGCGCCCGCAUUUGGAGCUUCUCCAGCGCCUGCUUUUGGAGCGAGUACCUUUGGGGCACCAGCACCAACUCCUGCCUUUGGCGCUAGCACAUUUGGGGCUCCAGCCCCCUCGACUGGUUUGUUUGGGGCGGCGCCAACACCAGCCCCAAGUGCCUUUGGGAGUACUUUUGGAGCUUCUCCUGCACCCGCAUUUGGGGCACCUGCGCCUCCACCGGGUAGUAUCUUUGGAGGGGCUCCUGCGCCUGCACCUGGAGGCUUGUUCGGGGCUCCUGCAGCAGCAGCCCCUGGACAACCAGGUGGGGGUGGAUCGAAACAAACACCUUAUCAACCCACACCACGCCAGGACGGUACUAGCACCAUCCAGAUGCAGUCCAUCUCGGCAAUGCCGGCUUAUGAGAAUAAGAAUUUCGACGAAUUGAGGUACGAAGAUUACCUUCAAGGAAACAAGGGAGCAGGGAAUGCUGCCUCGACUGGUUUUGGCGGAUUUGGAGCUCCUGCACCGUCGGGGGCGCCAUUUGGAGCACCAGCACCUGCCCCAUUCGGAGCACCGGCCCCCGCUUUUGGUUCAACCUUUGGUGCACCCGCGCCUGCUCCUCCCGCUUUCGGCGCCACUCCUGCGCCUGCAUUUGGUAGCAGUACCUUUGGCAAACCAGCAACUGGAAGCCUCUUCGGAGCACCAGCUCCUGCACAAGGGGGGUUAUUUGGAGGAGGUUCACCAGCAGCUGCCCCCGCAUUCGGAGCACCCGCUCCAGCCCCAGGAGGUCUCUUUGGAGCGCCUGCGCCCGCUCCUGGCGGUUUGUUUGGCGCACCUGCCCCUGGAGGGUUGUUUGGUUCCACACCCGCGCCUGCAUUUGGAGCCCCAGCUCCCCCACCGGCGUUUGGCUUUGGAGCUCCUGCUCCUGGUGGUGGUUUGUUUGGACCCGCUCCUGCGCCCGCUUUCGGAGCAACACCUGCCCCUGGAGGCUUGUUUGGUGCACCAGCCCCACCGGCAGGAAGCCUGUUCGGGGCAAAGCCACCUGGCACUGGUUUAUUCGGGGCUCCAGCGCCGGCGGCAUUUGGUAGUCCUCCGACCGCUUUCGGCGCACCCACGGCUGCCGCGCCCAGUCUUUUUGGCUCCCCACCGGCCAUGGCGGCAGCUCCCAUGAUGAUUCCGGCGGGAGCCAUCAUUCCCCAGGCAGCAAGCGAAGUCUUGUCUCAUCAAAUCCAGGCACUCGAGAAUAAACGAAAGGAAGUGCAAAAGCUGGACGUGUGGAGAACAAAAUCACCUGAGGAGUCGCGUGUAACUCCCGUCUCGCAGCCCCAGUACGGAGGCUUGGCCAGUGGCCUCGUGCGGUCGUCGCCAUACACCCCUCAUCGGCACAAUCCUGGUUCAGCGGCGAAAAAGCUCAGGCCUCGUGGUUUUGGUUCAGCUAUCGCGGCGCCUUCAUCAUCUGCGUCGCCCUUGGACACUAUGGGUACAGGCGGUCGGGCUAUGAUGUCUCCAGAGGCUUACGUGUCUUCCUCGGCGAAAAAGCUCGUAAUCAAGCAAGAUUCCCUGACUCCCAAACCAAAGCUGCAGUUGCGAUUGAUGAACGCACCUUCGAGUGCCUCUGAUGUCACAACCCAUGCGCUGCCAGUGUCACUUGAAGCCGAGAGCCCAGCCCCUGGAAAUGCUGGUCCAUCAAUUGCAACAGCCCCGCCAGCAUCGUCCCCUUCUCCCAGACAGUCGCAGAUGCAGACAAGCACGCCGACUUCUGUUCCAGUGUUUGGGAACGAGGCAAACGCUGGCACCCCUACAUCCCCAACUGUCAACGGAGGAAGCAGAAUUCCUCCUGUCACUGCCGAGAAGAUCGACCCCCCUCCUCCAGAUCCUGAUCGAGACUAUUACCAGCAGGUUGUUGAUUCACCAGAUGGCAAUCCUGCAGAUCGGCCAGCGCCGCAAAGCGCUCGAGUCACAAAGAAAAAGCCUUCUUAUUUGCCAAAGCUAACAAAGCCAGGUUACGUCAUUACACCCUCAUUGGAUGAGCUUGCAACUCUGUCAGAGGCAGAUUUGGCAGCUGUGUCAAAUUUUUCAAUUCGUUGCGACCCUUACGGUCUGGUUGAGUGGAAAGGUGCCGUUGAUGUUCGCAAUGCCGACCUGGAUAAUUCCAUUGUGAUUGGGCAGAAUGAUGUAUCUGUCUACACCAAGGAUGAAGAAGAAGGAAGAAAGCCUCUGGUCGGGUCUAAACUGAAUCGUCCUGCAGUUAUUACCUUUUUCAAUGUCUUCCCAAAGAAUGGAGGGGCUAAUGCCAGCGUCGAAGACAAGGUCAAGUUCGCUCGAAGGAUUGAGCGUCAAACUGUAAAGAUGGACGCUGAGCUUAUCAAAUAUGACAAAGACACGGGCUCAUGGAAAAUCGCAGUGGGCCAUUUUUCUCGCUACGGUCUUUCCGAUGACGACGAGAGCGAAGAUGAGCUUUACACCGAAUCUGUUGAGAAGGAAGAUGAUGCUGCCAUUGUUAGUGAUGUUGAAAUGGAUCAUCAUGUUGAGGAGGCUUUUGAUUCAAUCUACUCUGCUGUGAAAUCAUACUCAAAACACCCAAAGACCUCGCUGCAUGAUGACAUGGAACUGUCCGAAGAGCAAACUGAUGACUGUGACUUUGACGAAUAUUACGAAUCGCCUGAUUGCCGCAGCAUGGGUUUUAGCACAACCUUGAUCUCUGCGGAUGAUUACGAUAAGGGUGAGUGA